GAGAAACAAUAAUUUAGAAAGUUGGAGUGUUAGUUGGGGAAAUCGUAGAGGCAGAGGAGUAGGAGUAGUAUAAAAGAAAGAAAUCGAAGACAGAGAAAGUUGAUUGAAUCCGAUCGAUGAGAUUGAGGACUGAGAAUUGAGAAUUGAGAAUCGAGAAUCGAGAAUCGAGGAUGUCAGGCGUAUCGUUGCAGUGCGGAGAUUGUGGAGCUCUUCUGAAAUCCGUGGAAGAAGCUCAACAACAUGCGGAGCUCACUUCUCACUCCAAUUUCUCUGAAUCUACUGAGCCUGUUCUCAAUCUCGUCUGCUCUUCCUGCGGCAAACCCUGCCGCUCCAAAACUGAGAGUGAUUUGCAUACCAAAAGAACUGGCCACACUGAAUUUUCAGAUAAGACUUCUGAAUCCGUUAAACCUAUUAAUCUAGAAUCACCGUCUUCUACUACUCCUACUCCUAUGGACGUUGAUUCUCAAGAAAUGGUUGUCCCUGAGGUUGAUAAAGCCCUGCUUCAGGAACUCCAAGGAAUGGGAUUCUCAACUGCACGGGCUACCCGUGCACUUCAUUGCUCUGGUAGUUCCAGUCUUGAGGGUGCUGUCAACUGGAUAGUUGAACACGAGAACGAUGCUGACAUUGAUCAGAUGCCCAUGGUUCCAGCUAGCAGUAAAAAUGAUCCUCCUAAACCUUCCCUUACCGAAGAAGAGAAGAAAAUGAAGCUGCUGGAGCUAAGAGAGCGAGCACGCAAGAAGAAGGAAGAGGAAGAAAAAAGGGCGGAAAGAGAGAAAGAAAAGGAGAGGAUUCGAAUUGGAAAGGAACUUCUUGAGGCAAAGCGUAUUGAAGAAGAUAAUGAGAGAAAACGUUUGAUAGCCUUCAGGAAGGCAGAGAAAGAAGAAGAGAAAAAGGCCUUGGAAAAAAUUCGAAAAAAGCUGGAAGAAGACAAGGCUGAAAGAAGACGCAAACUUGGGCUGCCUCCAGAAGAUCCUGCUGCUGCAAAACCUUCUGAACCCGUUGUUGAGGAGAAAAAGAGUAUUUUGCCAGUUAAGCCUAUUACAAAAGCAGAGCAAAUGAGAGAGUGCCUUCGAUCUUUAAAAAAGAAUCAUAAGGACGAGGAUGCCAGGGUAAAGAAAGCAUUCCAAACUCUUUUUACCUAUGCAGGCAAUGUGGUGAAGAAUCCAGAUGAGGAGAAAUUCAGGAAAAUCAGACUUACUAACCAGGCUUUUCAGGAUAGAGUUGGUGGAUUGAAAGGAGGCAUUGAAUUUCUUGAGUUGUGUGGAUUUGAGAAGAGUGAAGACGGAGAAUUCUUAUUUAUGCCCAGGGAAAAGGUUGAUACUGCUGUGCUGAAUUCAGCUGGUAAAGAACUGCAAUCAGCCAUUGAGAAUCCUCACUUUGGUGUUCUCUGAAGGUUUAAACAUCUGUUGAGCCACCUUAUUUAUCUCUUCAUAUGGCUUUGUAUACUGGUUUGAGUGGAAAAAUCCCAAUAUAUGCAAUUGCAGUUAGCUUGGAUUUGGGUUCCAUUUUGCACACUUUUAUUAUGACUUGAUCCCAAUUUGAUCCUGAAAUAUAUUCAUUUUAAUUUCACUUUCGCAAAAUUAUCUUUUAGGGUAAUGUGUUUUUUUUUUGAAGACUAGGGUAAUUUGUUUGUUAAAUUACUUUUUCCAACUAGCUAUGCCUCAUUGCUGGUUUAGAAUAAUGCGUAUGAGACUUUGAGCUACUUCGUAUAUUGCUAUGGAUUCAGAAGCCAAAGCUCAAGAAUUUCGUGAA